AUGGCGGGGGGCAAUAAUCAUAAAGAGGGUAAACCACCCCCUGAUAAAAAUAAUAUUAAAGUAGUCGAUCUCACAUACAAUGAUAUGAUGAUAAAUGAAGAUGAGUCCAUAGAAAAUAAUAUUAAUUCUCAAACUCAACAUGAUAAACAGAUUUCAGAUAGAUUAAAUAGAAUUGAUUUGAAAAAUAGAUAUAAAACAAAUAGUAACGGUCCAUUUUCAGUUUUUGUGGAGCAUAAAUAUUUAAAUUUUGGUAGAUUGCAUCCUCUCAAAAUUGGUGAAAAAUUAUUCAAUCUGAAUGGCGAUGAAAAUGAUAUUGAUUUCUUGCACACAGUUGGUCGAAAUAGGGUCCAGAUUAUGUGUAAAUCCGCUAUAGGUGCCAACAAAAUAGUUGAAAAUCAGGUAUUUGAAAGUAACAAUCUUAUUGCAUAUAUUCCCUCUCAUCUUACUCAAAAAAAAGGCCUUAUCCGUAAUGUUGAUACAUCUUUCUCAGAGGAAGAAAUUUUGAAAAUUUUGAAGUCGUCAGUUCCAAUUAAGGCAGUGCAGAGGAGAUUUAAAUUUGUUCUCGAUAAGGAUGGCAAUAAAUGUAAAAGCAAAAAACGAUGCAAAACCUGUUCUAAAAUAUUAAAUGACGAGGGACUGUGUACUGAUUGUGAGACUUUUUGUGUUCAUUGUAAAGAUAAUUCUCAUAUUUCUACUAGUAAAAAAUGUCCUAAAUAUAACAAUCAGGUUAAAAUUAAGCAGGCGAUGGCAAAUCUUAAUGUAUCCUUUAAAGAAGCCGAAAAAAUUGUAGAUAACCCAUCUUAUGCAAGCCUCGUUUCGAAAAAUAAAUUUGCUCCAUUGUCUUCAAAAACCGAUUUUCCUGAAUUACCACCGAACUAUAGAAAUCAAUCUAAUCCCCCAAAUUCAAAAACGACAUUUGUAGCUCAUCCACAUUCCAGCAAGUCUACUCCCUCUUCCAGUGUAUAUGAAAAUUAUAAAAAACGGAAAGUCAGUGAUAGAAGUCCUUCUUUUGAACCCGUUAGCAGAGAAUUUGAUUGGUCCUAUACAGGUGCACCUUGGAUUGAGUCUCAUCAGAUAAACACUAAAAAUACUUUUGAAGAAAUCUGGCAAAGGGAAAAUUAUGAAAUGUUUCCAGAAGUAGAAGAAAAGUUAUUAUAG